AUGGCGACGCAGCAAAGCCUCUUCUCGCCUGCUGAGCUCGCCUACCUCCAUCGCACCCUCUCACUCCGACCCCCCAUCCGACCCGAUGGCCGCACGCCGACGCAGUUUCGUCCCCUGACGGCCGAGACUGGAGUUCUCCCUGGCACAAACGGUAGCGCGCGAGUUCAUUUUGCCGACGGCACCGAAGCCAUCGUGGGAGUCAAGGCAGAGAUUGAAAAGACGGCUGGCGGAGAGGAGGACCAGGGCGAAGAGGAUAGAACGAGGGGCGACUGGCUCGAGCUGGCGGUGGAGAUUCCCGGACAGAGGGAUGAUGAUGCCUCGACAGUAUUUUUGGCCGAGAUGUUGAGGGAGGCGCUCUUGGCCGACAAGGAGUUUGCCAAGAAGUUGAGGAUCAACAGGCGGUUUCACUGGAGGCUAUACCUCGAUGUUCUGCUAAUAUCACCUCCACUGUCAUACCCUCUCCCGCUUCUCUCACUCACAACCCACCUCGCCCUCCUGGCUACGCGCCUCCCGCGCCUCAAGUCUGAGGGUGACGAAGACCCCAUGUUUGACGACGAUUGGGAGGCUUCGAAUUUCCUGUACCCGCGCGAGGGUGCUGGCGCAGCUGGAUCGCGACCCCCGAUUACUCUGCUCGUCGUCGCAGUUGGCGACAACACCAUUUUCGACCCAGCCAAGGAGGAGCUUGCUGUCGCAGAGACGGCGCUCGCAGUUUCUGUGGCUGAGGUGCGCCGCGUCAAGACGGAGGGUGACAUGGAAGUCGAUUCUACGGGCCGCCAGCUUAGGUUGCUGUCUAUCCGGACUGUUGACCCGCCUUCGAGACUCACACCACCUGGUGUGCCACACACUACGAAUACCAAUGGGACGAAGCAGGCGGGCGAUGCACAGAGUACUGAGGGAGUGUGGAAGGCGCCUUUGGGAGGAACCAAGUUUGGUGUCAUGGAUGGCAUAAUACAGGCCGUGUUGGAGAAGGGUGGUGUUGCGGAUGAUGUGUUGGAUGGUCUCGAGGGAGUUGAGCUGACAUGA